AUGUCUGGGUUGCUCCCACUCCAUUUCAGAAUUGAAGAGGAGGCAAUCAUCCAAACUGUCAAACAUCUUCGUAAACAGCUUACCUAUGAUGAUUUUACUUAUCAAGCGGAUCAAUACGAACAAUUAGUCCUUCCUACUGCCUUGCAUCCCGCGCUGAAAGGCAUCGGAGUCAAAAUUCUCUCCAAUACUGCCGAGGAUGAGCCAGCAAGCAAUGUAAAAAUCUAUACAGAUGGUUCCAGAAUAGAAGAUAAUGUGGGCUGCUCAUUCAUUGUUACCAUUGAAAAUGGUGUAAUCCAUACCUGGCAAGCACAUUUGCAAUCUAACAAUAGUGUUUUCCAGAGCGAGGUCGUAGCAAUAAAGCAUGCAAUAGAUUACCUAAUUAAUAUGAAAAUACCCACAGGCAUCAUUCUCACAGACAGCUUGUCCUCUUUACAUGCACUAGUCAAUCCCGACCACCGAUCUACCAUUAUCCAAGACAUUCAGCGCACUGUUAGGGAUCAUCAAAGCAAAAAUUAUUAUUUAAAAUGGGUUAAGGCUCAUGUCGGUAAUGCUGGUAAUGAGCUUGCUGAUCAGAUGGCUAAGGAAGCAGCUGUCAACUCAAAUGUUCUCAAUCUUACUAUACCAUGGCCAUAUUCCCAUCUCAAGAGAAUUACCAGACUACGUGCCAUAUCGAAGUGGCAACAACAGUGGGACUCCAGUCCUACUGGACGAAGAACAGCAUUCCACAUUGCAUAUGUCGACCCAGACAGAAAUAUAGGUAACUCUUUGUUAAUUAGAUACAUAAGGGGCCAUGGUCCUUUUCCAACGUAUUUCGCGCGACAUGGAAUCAGUAACUCAGAUAUGUGUGUCUGUGGCUCACAAGGCACACCCGAACACUAUGUUACCACCUGCCAGCUCACUGCUGGACAACAUCUCUUAAUUCCAUAUACUAAUACACAAGCGUAUUGUAAAUAUUUAAUAAAGCAAAGUCAUCUGGUUCGUAAAAUUUGUGCUAUAAUGUCAAAGCUCUCCUCACUGGGUACUGACCUAUGCCAGAGUGCUUAA